GGAGGAGGAAAGCUGUGCGCAUGUGCAGCCCACCUGUGCAACGUGGAGGGGGAAAAUGCCUAAGAAGCAGCGAGAGCGCGUGGGCGUAGCUCAGGAGAAGCCGAAUGUCCGAUGCAGCUGUCGGCUAUUGUUUCCGGGGUGUCUGUGCCAAUCGGAAGCCGUGCCUUGGUUUUUGAACUUUUCGGAAGUCGAACGGACUUCUGGAACGGAUUACGUUCAAGAACCAAGAUAGAUACCCUGGAGGAGAAGCUGUCCCAGUGCAGAGAGAACUUGGAAGAGUUGGAUUUUAAGCUACGGAGAGAAGAACUGACUCCUGAGGGAAGAAAGUCACUGGAAAGAGAGAGAAAUCUGCUAGCAACCAAAGCUGAAAAUUAUGAGAAAGAACUGAAAGCACUUCGCCAUGAAAACCGCAAGAAUGCAGCCCUCUCAGUGGCCCUCGUGCUGCUUCUUGUCGUUAUUUACACUUGCUGGACGAUGUAGCAGAUUCUGCCAAGAUCCCCUCAUGACGUGACUGUGAUAACCUCUUCUUUCCCUCACCAGACUGUCUCGAGGGCGUGAUCGGCUUUCCAAGCCAGUGCUCUCAAGACACCUCCAAAUCAUAAUGGCCUCGGCAGUCCCUACUGUUGAAGUAUGAGGAAGAUUUUGGAGAAGAGGCUGAAGUAUGGUUGGAGCCGUCCCGUUAUUCUGUGGUGAAUAAUCAGUAAUGCUGCCAUUUCCUGUUCUUAAGAAGCCACCUGUGUGUAAUCAGUCCCUCAGAUUGUUUCAGUAGCUCAAGCAUUUUGAAAAUGAAACUUUUGCCACUGCAAAGCUUUUCUCCCAUUCCCCCCAUUCAGUAGACACCAAGCCUCUCCCUCUCGUCCUAUUUCCAUGGUCCUCAACGCCUUCCUUUCCCACUGAGCAGCAUAGGUGGAGCAUCUGGGAAUAGUACAGGGCAGAAGAAUUUCCUGGGGUUGGCAAAGGGCAAAUAAACUAAUUCCACAAUUUGAAUAAAUACCAUCCUCCCGCUUGGAAGAGGAUCUAUCUUCUGCUUCUUAGCUGUGACUAGGAAAUAACUGCGCCAAGAAUGAAGGCUGUGUUGGUUUAUAUGUUUAUAAUAAUGGGACUCAUGGAACGGCCCAUCUUCCACUGAUCAAAAUGAGCUUGAUAAUAAAUCCUGAUAAUGUCUGUAUGGUGGGCACACGUUGCCAGGCAGAGCUGAAAAGAGCUACAGUCUCAUGGAAGCCAACAGCGUAUAUUGUCCAUGGCUUAUGUUAAGCUGUAUUAAUACUCAGAGUCUCUCUCUUACUAUUUCUUUACGAAGUGUUCAAGCCAGAGCAGUUUUACCCUCCCUUUCUUGGGCCACUUUGUAUACACAGCAGAGCUCUGGGAAAUUCAUCUAAGCCAAGAACACAGCACAUUUCUGAAUUAUAAGGAUUGUAUUGGCGAUGCACAGACAAAAAGGGAAGAGGAACAAACACAAAUGGUACACAGCUUCACAGAACACAUUGUGUAAACAUUCCUUUCAGCAAGACAUUUUUGACCACCUUCCCCCAUGGGCUGGUAUGAGAACAGGCAACAACAGCAGGUUGCAUUAUCCAGGCCCAGUCUUUCUAAUG